UUUUUGCUACAGAUUAACCUCACUCACUCACUCCGAAUUACACUUUCUCUGUUUUCUUCCUUUCUUUCACAACAAAUCAAAACCCUAUCCCUAAUUCUGCAUUUCUAAUCUAGAGAGAACAACAGAAUAUUGUUACAGAGGGAAAAAAUGGCGGAGAUUCAGCCGGCAGAGGGGCAGAUAAACGGUGGCGGAACCCUAAUUUUGAACUCUACCGAACCAAUUGGAACAAAGCGCCAGAGAAGACCAAGUGUUAGAUUGGGCGACAUCGGCGUCGACCCACCUUACGAUUCUCAUGCCCGACGCAAUAACAAGAGUUGGAAACUCGCCUUCGAUCACCCACGCAAGGAAAAAGAUUCAAACGCUUCAGGUAAACCUUCAAAGACUCGACCUUUAACUAAUUUGAGUACUAUUGCUGAUUUCAACCAAACCCUAGAUGGUCAUGAAAGAGAAGGGAAUAUUGAUACUACUGUUGCAAUUGGUAGCUGGAAGGUUAAAGAAUCUAAGAAAAGAGGUUCUGUUGCCACCAAGAGAGUUAGAUCGAAUUGGGUUUCGAGAAUUGAUGAAACUGGUGGUGGCGGUAUUGGCGCCGGUGUUGUUGAAUUAGAGGAAAAGUAUAGUGGUGCUGAAGAUAUUGAUGAUGGAUAUAGAGAAUUCGAUGUGGAAAAUUCGGAAAGUCCUUUGAAAGAACAAAGCCCUAUUCAUUCAAUGGAGAAUUUAGGGCUUGAUGGGCAUAGAAGGUCUUUUAAGGGUAGGGAUCAUCAUGAUGGAAUUGAGUUAUCUGGGCCAUCUGAAAAUGAUGUUAGAAAUCAGAAUGAUGGGAGGAUUAGGUGUGGAGAAGAUGGGAUUAGGAUUUGGCUUAAUGGAUUGGGAUUAGGUCGUUAUGCGCCCGUGUUUGAAGUGCAUGAAGUUGAUGAUGAAGUUUUGCCAAUGUUGACAUUAGAAGAUCUCAAAGAUAUGGGAAUUAAUGCUGUUGGAUCCAGAAGAAAAUUGUAUUGUGCUAUUCAGAAGCUUGUACUAGCAGGGAAGAAAAGGAUUCUCAGCCAUAGCAUAAUUCAGAUGCAUGUCUGAAAUGAAAUCGUUAUGUUCUCCAAUGACUUUUUUUUUUAGACUUGGAAUCGUUAGGUUCUCAUUUGAGAUACAUCCUUUUUGAAAUCCAGUGCAAGUACAUAUAACUGCAAGUUUUGUUCGAGCAAUUUGUUGGUUUU